AUGACAAAGACAAUGAUGAGGAUCUUCGUCCCUUUGCUAAGGCUCCUAGCAUUGGGUGCAACAGUUGCCGCAACCAUAGUCAUGGCUACAAGCCAUGACUCGACCGAAGUCUUAAACGUUGUUAUCAAAGCAAAAUACAGCUACGAGUCAGCGUUCAAGUAUUUUGUGAUAGCAGAAGCAAUUGCAAGUGGGUACAGCCUUAUUGUUCUAUUUGUUUCUUCCAAGAGCUCUUCGCUUUGGCGCUUGGUUGUGAUCCUAGAUGUGGUUAUAACGAUGCUACUGACCUCGAGCGUCUCGGCGGCGUUGGCAAUAGCUCAUGUGGGCAAGAAAGGGAACAGCCAUGUCGGUUGGCUGCCUAUUUGUGGACAAGUUCCUAAGUUCUGCGACCAUGCCACCGGAGCUCUAAUCGCAGGUUGUAUUGCUGUAAUAAUAUAUUUGGUGGUUCUACUCUACACCUUCACAGCAUGUAGUGUUCUUAGUCCUCCCUUCAAGCCCUAG